AUGCCGAAGGCAUCGCUCUCGUCGGAUGAUGACAGGGUGCCGAAGGCAUCUCUCUUGUCAAACGAUGACGGGGUGCCGAAUGCAUCGCUCUCGUCGGAUGAUGGCAGGGUGCCGAAGGUGAUGACGGGGUGCCGAAGGCAUCGCUCUCGUCUAAUGAUGACAGGGUGCCAAAGGCAUCGCUAUGUCAAUGAUGACGGGGUGCCGAAGGCAUCGCUCUCGUCGGAUGAUGGCGGGGUGCCGAAGGUGAUGACGGGAUGCCGAAGGCAUCGCUCUCGUCGGAUGAUGAUAGGGUGCCGAAGGCAUCUCUCUUGUCAAAUGAUGACAGGGUGCCGAAGGCAUCGCUUGUCAAAUGAUGACGGGGUGCCGAAGGCAUCGCUCUCGUCGGAUGAUGACAGGGUGCCGAAGGCAUCUCUCUUGUCAAAUGAUGAUAGGGUGCCGAAGACAUCGCUUGUCAAAUGA